AUGUGCGCCCCUCCUCUAGCUGGUGACGGAUAAUAGUAGUGGGUGUGAGGUGGAUUUGAACUUGAAGCCGGGGCAGAGUGGAGGAGACUACAAACUGAUGUCCGAGUAGACUGCGCUCUGAGGAGAGAAAGUGAGCGCUAUACAGCGGGAACUAGAACGUAUAUUAGUCUGGUUCUGCAACUAGAAUCCUGGAUCUUUGGAAACUUGAUCGAAAACUUAGUUGGUGGAUAUCUGGCCCCAAGGUUCUAUAGAGAUGUUACAUCUCAGGCACCUGCUCUGGCUGAUGUUUCUCUGUUCUGCUUUAGCUGAAAAAGAUCCAUCAUGGAGGAUGACGGUAGAGAAGGCUGCCCCCGUUAGUGGUUCGUUGGCUGGCAGGGUGGUGCUACCAUGCCACUUCUCCAUCACCCCCACCACACACACCCCCACACUCACCCCUAGCACCCAGGGCCCAGAGGACCAGCUGAGGAUCAAGUGGAGCAAGCUGGAGGGAGAUGGGGAGCGUGUGGUGCUGGUGGCCCAUGGAGGAGUGAUCAAGGUGGGGCAGGAAUACAGGGGAAGGGUGUCUGUGCCCAACCACCCCCAGGCAGUAGGGGAUGCCUCGCUGAUCGUUGUCCACCUGAGAGCUAGCGACGCUGGGCUCUAUCGCUGCGAAGUCAUGCAUGGGAUGGAGGACACCCAGGAUACUGUUCAUCUCAAUGUCAGUGGUGUGGUGUUUCAUUACAGGUCUAGCUCUAGUCGUUACACCUUGUCCUUCCCUGGGGCCAUUGACGCGUGUCUCGCUGCCGGGGCCACCAUCGCUACAGCCGAACAGCUGACCGCCGCCUUCGAGGACGGACUGGACCAGUGUGACGCCGGCUGGAUAGCCGACCAGACUGUCAGAUACCCAAUCACGAAGCCCCGUCCUGGUUGCAUGGGCGAUAUGAAGCACAGACCUGGGAUCAGGACGUAUGGGCUCAGAGACCCUAAAGAGACCUAUGACGUCUACUGCUAUGUAGACAAACUACACGGUGAGGUGUUCUACGCUCUUGUCAGCUACAAGCUGACCCUUCGCCAGGCCAAGCAUGAGUGUGAGAGGCAGGGGGCGGUGCUCGCCUCCCCUGGUAACCUGUUCGCCGCGUGGCGUGGAGGACUGGAUCGCUGUGAUUACGGCUGGCUGUCAGACGGCAGCGCCCGCUACCCCAUCUCCGUCCCCAGGCCCCAGUGUGGAGGAGGGCUGCUGGGGGUCCGGACCCUGUACCGAUUCCCUGACCAGUCAGGCUUUCCCAACCCUAUUGACAGACAUGGAGCUUUCUGUUUCAAGGGGAAGGAACCAGAGAUCACCACUACUGGACCUGUGACGACCACAGACGCUCGCAGGACAGACACAGCUACAGACAAACCUGAUGCCAUCUACCACACAGGCAGAACUGACCACACAGUUACAGACCGUAUUCACUCAGCCAGAACUGACCACACAGUUACAGACCCAACUCACACAGCCAAAACUGACCUCACAGUUACAAACCCAACUCACACAGCCAGAACUGACCACACAUUUACAGACAGAACUCACUCAGCCAGAACUGACCACACCGUUACAGACCCAACUCACACAGCCAGAACUGACCACACAGUUACAAACCCAACUCACACAGCCAGAACUGACCACACAUUUACAGACAGAACUCACACAGCCAGAACUGACCUCACAGUUACAGACCCAACUCACACAGUUACAGAGAAACCUCACCCCACAGACAGACCACACCAGACUACAGCAGAGCGAGACAGAAGUCAGCAUGCAGGUGGACUACAUGAGACAGCUUAUACAGGCACAGACAGACAUCACACAGCUACUGACAGAACACACACCACCAAACACAAACAUCACACCACUGACUACACGACAAUAGAUAAAGACAGAACUACAGAAGACAUAACUACAGGCAGAAAGACAGACUCCUCUGUUGGUACCACUCUGUUCCCUGAGUAUGACGUGGAUGACUUUGGCCCAGACCUGACCAAGGUAGAGUCAGUCCCAAGCUGGGGUGAUACCCUGUUCCCUAUGCAGCUGCCCCCUCUCCCCACCACCCACUCCCAGCCCAUCCACCCCCACCUCGACAUCAACCAGGGGGGAGACCAGGUGGGAGAGGGAGAGACUCAGAUAGGCUCAGGCAGAGGGGAGAGCAGUGGGAGUGGGGAGGGGAGCAGUAGUGAUGGGGGAAGUGAGGGGAAGGACAGGGUAGUAGUGAUUUCUACACAGGGCUUCAUGGCCGGGACAGGGAUGGGAUCAGACCCUUCACGCCCAGGACAACCAGGUUACCCAGGACGUCCAGGGUCGGUCACCCCAGAGCAGGGCCAACCAGGCUGGGACAGAGUGACAGGACAGAAGCCUGCUGUGGUCUACAAGGAGGAGGAGGGCCAGAGCUCUAGAACAACAACCCAUAGCAUACCAGGAGCCACGGAAUCAUACAGCGUGGACCAAUCAUACAGCGUGGAGAUCCCUCAUGAGGCAUCUCCCACCAAACCACCCUUCCACCUCAUCAUUGUCAACGUGCAUGACAAGAACCAAACAGUGGACCACAUCCUGCAGAUCCUUGGCCAGCCUCUAGGGGGUAAUGGAGAUUUCCAGUCCCCUCUCAUCCCAGCCUUCCCAUUCAUCCAGACUGAGGCCAUCCAGGGCAGCGAGGACUCUGACAGUAUCCAUCCCAUCACUCUCCCCCCAACACUCAGCUUCAUCAACGGGAAACACCAGGUGACUCUGGAGCCAGAGCUGCCGGAGAAGGAGCAGGAGGCGAGAGGAGACCAGUUUGAGACGGCCACACCAGUCCACAGUGAACUGGGAGAAGAGCUGGAUCAUGACGAGGAGGAGAAGAGCCUCACUCCCUUUGACUAUGGAACCAUUCAUACUGGAGAGACCAGAGAGUCCACUACUACAGACAGAGACACAGACAGAGACACAGACAGAGACACAACUACAGACAGAGACAGAGACACAGACAGAGACACAUACAGAGACACAGACAGUCACACAACUUCAGACACAGACAGAGAUACAGACAGACACACAACUUCUGACACAGACAGCGAUACAGACAGAGACACAGACAGAGACACAGACAGAGACACAGACACAUACAGAGACACAGACAGACACACAACUUCAGUCACAGACCGAUAUACAGACAGAGAGAGGACACAGACAGGAGGAAAGACAGAGAGCUCCAAAGAAACAACCCCUUCUUCCCUACACACAUCCCCAGUCUCUUCCCCGGUCUCUUCCCCAGUCUCUUCCCCGGUCUCUUCCCCGGUCUCUUCCCCAGUCUCUUCCCUGGUCUCUUCCCCGGUCUCUUCCCCAGUCUCUUCCCCAGUCUCUUCCCCAGUCUCUUCCCCAGUCUCUUCCCCAGUCUCUUCCCCAGUCUCCUCCCCAGUUUCUUCCCCAGUCUCUUCCUCAGUCUCUUCCUCAGUCUCUUCCCCAGUCUCUUCCUCAGUCUCUUCCUCAGUCUCUUCCCCAGUCUCUUCCUCAGUCUCUUCCUCAGUCUCUUCCUCAGUCUCUUCCCCAGUCUCUUCCCCAGGCUCUUCCUCAGUCUCUUCCCCAGUCUCUUUCCCUGUCUCUUCCCCAGUCUCAGCCUCAUCCCCUGGUUCCCCCGAUACUUCCCCAGAUGGCAUCUUUCCCUAUGAGGACAUGGAGUGGUCGGGCGGCCUUACCCAGGAGGGCUCAGCAGAUGCUACCCGGCCCACCCCAGCCUUAGAUAGCCAACCAGGUGUGGUCACGGACGAGACAGAGAUUGGAGGGGCAGAGAGCGUCACACACGCUUCAUCUCACACACACUACACUUACACCAACGACACACAAACUCCCUUACAGACCGAGGUAGGAGACUUUGAGGGGUCUACGUCGACAGAAGAGGAAGGCUCGGCCCAGGAUGUGUACCCACCUGAAGACCCCAGAUUCACCAGCCCUGGCAGCCCUGGAGCCAUUGAGGCUCCCCUGGUGGGGCCUGGGGUGGAGGGACAGGUGACUGUUACACCCGAACCGGGAGCCAGACCAGGAGCCAGACCAGCCCAGGCAGGAGGGACAGUAGGAGACCGCACUGCACAUCACAUAGACUCUUCUACACAGCACACAGACUACCCCCUCCAGCCUACCACGCAGGAUAAAGAUCUCUCGACUCAUACUAAGGAUCAGACCAGAUACCCACCUACACAUGGGAAGGACCAAACCACCCAGCAUCCAACAGACGAUAGGGAUCACUCCACAUACACUAAGGAUCAUACCAAAUACCCCACUACACAAACCACCCAGCAUCCAACAGACGAUAGGGAUCACUCCACAUACACUAAGGAUCAUACCAAAUACCCCACUACACAAACCACCCAGCAUCCAACAGACGAUAGGGAUCACUCCACAUACACUAAGGAUCAUACCAAAUACCCCACUACACAAACCACCCAGCAUCCAACACACGAUAGGGAUCACUCCACAUACACUAAGGAUCAUACCAAAUACCCCACUACACAAACCACCCAGCAUCCAACACACGAUAGAGAUCACCCCACACACACUAAGGAUCAUACCAAAUACCCCACUACACAAACCACCCAGCAUCCAACACACGAUAGAGAUCACCCCACACACACUAAAGAGCAAACCAAACAACCCUCUCACCCUAGAUUCCCCACCACCCACCACCAGGAGCAAACCAGCCUCUCUACCACAGAUCAGAAGACCACACAGCACUUGAACCUGACACACACACCCCCUGCACACCCCUCCACUCCACCUCCCACCCGCCCCUCCACUCCACCUCCUGCACACCCCUCCACUCCACCUCCCACCCACUCCUCCACUCCACCUCCUGCACACUCCUCCACUCCACCUCCCACCCGCCCCUCCACUCCAUCUUCUGCACACCCCUCCACUCCACCUCCCACCCGCCCCUCCACUCCACCUCCUCCCACCCACCCCUCCACUCCACCUCCUGCCCGCCCCUCCACUUCAUUUCCAACCCACCCCUCCACUCCACCUCCUGCCCGCCCCUCCCGCCCCAUCCCUGACUGGGCCCUGACCACCCAGACCCUCCUGCCUGACGGGGAGGAGUUUGUGGAUUAUGACCAUGUGAAUGGUUCUCCUCUGCUGGAGGCCAGUCCCCCUGUUCCUGAGGAACCCCAAUCCACCUAUCAGCCUGAAACAGGAACUGACUACUACAUCGAGGCCCAGACCGUCGAUGUUAGACCUCUGCGGCAGUGCACGAUAAAUGUGUGUCUGAACAAAGCAUCUUGCUACCAGAGAGGCAACGAAAGCAUCUGUGUGUGUGCACCUGGAUACACCGGACAGCGUUGCGAGACAGAUGUUGAUGAGUGCCAAUCCAACCCGUGUGCUAAUGGAGCCACCUGUAUGGACGGAGUCAACUCCUUCAGCUGUGUGUGUCUACCCAGCUACACAGGACAGCUCUGUGAACAAGACACGGAGGUGUGUGAGUAUGGCUGGCAGAAGUUCGAGAGCCAUUGUUAUAAGUACAUCACCCACCGUCGGACAUGGGAUGCUGCCGAGAGAGAGUGUCGUGUCCAAGGAGCCCACCUAGCCAGUGUCCUGUCACAGGAGGAGCAGCUGUAUGUCAACCGUCUGGGCCAUGACUACCAGUGGAUCGGUCUGAACGACAAGAUGUUUGAGAGAGACUUCCGCUGGACAGACGGCAGCGUCAUGCAAUAUGAGCACUGGCGUCCCAACCAGCCAGACAGUUUCUUCCAGUCUGGAGAGGACUGUGUGGUGAUGAUCUGGCAUGAGGGAGGACAGUGGAACGAUGUACCCUGCAACUACCACCUCACCUUCACCUGCAAGAAGGGCACAGUCUCUUGCAGCCAGCCCCCAUUAGUGAAAGAUGCCUGUGUGUUUGGUUCUAUGAAGCCUCGUUAUGAGAUCAACACUCUGGUUCGUUACCACUGUAAAAACGGCUUCAUACAGAGACAUGUCCCUACCAUCCGCUGCCGUGACAAUGGCCAAUGGGACAGCCCCAAGAUCACCUGUAUGAGCCCCGCUACCUACCAGAAGGCUUUCGUUUCUAGGCAACGUACCGAUAAUCACAAACAUAACCAGAAACAGAACAAUCACAACAAUCAAAACCAGCACCAAUACAACUAUCGAAACCAACAAUACAACAAUUAAAACAACCAAGACCAACAGAAGAAUACAACCAGCAACGUCAGGGCAGCCGUAACCAGCAGCAACAGAGCCAGAGAGAGAUGAGACAUCAACACUAAUCUGAUCUCUGGUCAGUCCUUAAAAGUGCAGAUAAGGUUGCAAAAUUCCAGGAACUUUCCCAAAAUUCCAAAGUUUUCCAGAAAUCCUGGUUGGAGGAUUCUGAAUUUCCUGCUUAUUCCCUCCUGAUUCCAAGACUCUUCCAACUGGGAUUUCUGGAAUUGUGAGUAAUGUACUAAUCCCAGACCAAGUCAGAUCGGAUCCAAGGGGCUAGCUAGGGCCAGACCCAUUGACAUACAUUCAGAACUAUUUAUAAAUAUGUAUAGCUAUGGCUCUGGAUAGGGCCAUGUGGUAUUUCACAAGGCAUAAUCAUAAUCAGCCAGCUAACUCUGAUCAACUCUGAUAUAACACAGGUUUAAUAAACAUUGUUACAUAGAGUAUUGAGUCCAUUUCAAAUUCAACUAGGACAAAUUAAGUUUCAGAAUAUUUUUGAAGUUAGUUGGCUAACUUGAUCUUGAUCUUGCUUAGUGAAAUCCACCCCAGAUCACGUCUGAUUCUUCCUACAACAACACACAGUGCCUUAAUGGUUAACACAGCAACAGGGUCCAUCUCUAGAACAGGAGAGCUUUUCUAUGCCUGCUCAAGAGGGACACAUCUCAAUCCAAUGCUUUCUGAAAAUGUCCACUUUAUCCUGAUAAAUAAUCCACUGAAAAGACAUAUAAAAUAUAUCAUUAUCUCACUACUAGAAUGUCUGCCUGUGCCCUGGUGACAAGUUUGCAAUUAUUCCAGUGAAAGAGACCCUAGUUUCUUAUUUGGAAUAAUGAGCAUUCACAUAAUCACAUCAGCAAUUUAUGAAGGUAUAUAUGAAUCAUUCCAUAUUUUCUGCUCACAGAAUGGAAGAUAGAAGUUGAUUGUUCUCAUAUACAACCCCCCCCCCCCUUCAGAACAGCUUCAAUUAAUCUGGGCAUGGACUCUACAAGGUGUUGAAAGCGUUCCAUGCUGGUCCAUGUUGACUCCAAUGCUUCCCACAGUUGUGUCAAGUUGGCUAAUGUCCUUUGGGUGGUGGACCAUUAUUGAUAAAUACGGAAAACUGUUGAGUGUUAAAAACCCAGCAGCGUUGAAGUUCUUGACACAAACCAGUGCUCCUACUACCAUACCCUGUUCAAAGGCACUUAAAUCUUUUGUCUUGCCCAUUCAUCCACUGAAUGACACACAUACACAAUCCAUGCCUCAAGGCUUAAAAAUCCUUCUUUAACCUUCUCCCCUUCAUCUACACUGAUUUAAGGGGAUUUAACAGGUGACAUCAAUAAGGGACCAUAGCUUUCACCUGGAUUUACCUGGUCAGUCUAUGUCAUGGAAAGAGCAGGUGUUCUUAGUGUUUUGUAUACUCAGUGUAGACUUGAUUCAAUAUUGUGCAUACAGACAAGGCAGUAUGUAAUGUGAAUUCAUUUUAUGUAAAAAAAUAAAUAAAAAAGGAGCCACAUGUUUAUCACCAUCUUUGGUCAAUUAAAAAGUCACUAUGAAGUGCAAUCAUUGUUCAUGACAAGUGACUGUUAACAUAUGGAGCAUAGAACUGAUAUCUGUGACAGUCACCUCCUGCGUAUUAAAAAACAUCAGUAAUACCUUCAUCUUAAAGAUAAUGUUUUUAAAAGGGAGUGUUUACAAAAAAAGUAUUCUUAUACAAACAGUAUGUAUACAAUGAUAAAGAGGGAAAAUAUAGAGUAUAAUGAAUGUCAGGUAUGUGGGUGAAUGUGUGCUGUGGCUAGAGACCUGACUCAUAAGAUAGAGGAUAAAAGUUAUAUAUGAAGACAUAUCCAUUUAAUUUAUUGUAUAUGUUACACCAUUGAAUGGACUGUGAUACUGUUAAAGGUCAUGAGAACUGAAGGGAUUUUUACAACAAUGACUUCUUUUGCUGCUUACAGAAAUCUGUCUUGUUGUACGUUGCAGAGAAAGACCCUAACCUUACAUUAUGUCUCCUUUCAGUUCUUUAUGUUGCACACGACCUGUUUAGUAAAGUUAAACAAUCCAGAUAUCUGAGCUGUUACCGUGCUGGGCAGGGGGUUGACCUGUACCCGAGAAUCACCCCAAACUGCUCUCAACAGAACCAACUUUGAGAAACAUUCAGGUGUUCCCCUGCUCAGACAAUGCAUGCAUCAACCAAUGGAUGCGUGCCAGAUCAUUGACUGUGCCGUUAGGCGCCAGAUUGCUGUAACAUAUGAAUUUGUUGGCUGAUACGUAAAAUACCUAUCCAGGCACAUCUAAGCAGAGUAACACAACCUCAAAGACACUUGAACUAUGACCUUUUAGAAAUACAAAUUAUUUCUUUUUACGUAAGGAACAUUAUUGGUCCCCAAAAAAUAGCUCAAAUACUUUUCAGUAUAUCCUGUUACUAUCGUCUGUAAAAUAUCUGUAUAAAUCAAUUGCUCCUGAUUAAGCAUGAACAACAGUACAAAGAGGAGACUGUAUUGAACGUUUAUCGGCUAAUAUCGCUGUUCCUCAGUUAGAGGAUUCUGCUGCAUUUGUCUUCUUUGUUUACUGCUUUCAUACAUUCUGUUUGCUCUGUUUUAUCAUCCAUGUCUGUUUCUACCCAGAGAGUGUUGGGGAUACUGUAUCGGAGGAGGCAGUGGGAAUGUGAUUUAUCAGAGAAUCCUUUUCUGUUUUUAUGUUUAUGUUUAUGUUGUGUAUGUCGCCAAAGACCCACUAAUAAUGUACCUAUACACCAUCCUCUGCUCCAUCGCAACUUCUGCUGUGUGUGCAAUAAAAAUAUUAUAACGGA